AUGAACUUAAGCAUAAACCAAUCAGGAAGUUCUCAAAAUUGCUGCACAGUUUAUGUUGGAGGGCUUGCUACUAUAGCGACUCCUGCGUCUAUAAGAAAAUAUUUCUCAAAAUGCGGAAAAGUAAAAAAAGUGAGGAUGGCUUAUAAUCCUAGAGGCGAAAAAGCUGGGUUUGCUUAUGUUGAUUUUGCUGAUUCAAGAGGUGUUGAAACUGCUUUAAAGAUUAGAUAUCCAAGCAUAGAAGGGCGCGAAAUCAAAAUAAGUUUAGUCACUGGAUAA